CACAUCAGUCUUGUUGAAGAGUUUGUCAAGUGAAGGUCUCUAUCGAGCUUGUCUAUUAAAAAUUUACAAAAAAAUAUUUGAAAAGAAAGUGUGAAGAUGGCCAAAAAUCAAAUGAUGGAAGUGGAAAAUAACUCAACUGCCGAAACGUUUCCUUUGAACUACGAUUGCUCGUACGAAUUGUUUAAGCAUGUUGGAUUCGAGGAGUGCAUCAACUUAGCAGAGGCCUACCAUGGACUACGACCAGUUGCCAAAUGGAUAUGCGAGAGAAGAUUCAACAAAUUUGCUUUGGAUUUCCAGAAGCCUGUAAACCGCAUCCUGAGUUAUGCAGGACGAACCGCAACGGCGCUGAUUUUAACGCUAAACAAGGCCAGAUAUACACCGCGUGAUCUGAUAAAAAUCCAUCGUGCUUGCAAACAAUUGCGGUGCCUUACACUCAACGGAUUUGACAUGGAAAAAUUUCAAUGUAAUCCAUUUGCUAACUUUGGCAAUGGAAAAUUGGAAGAGCUUACACUGAAUGAGUGCUCGCUUGCAAAUGAAAUUUCCUUCUUUGAUGGUUACAGAAACUUGAAGAGUUUCAAUAUAUUCAAUUGUGAAGACAUGAAUGUCUUUGCCAUCCAACGGUGCUUUAAAAUCAAUCGAUUAAUCAGUUUUACUUGCAAUGAUCAGUUUUUUCAAGUUCCACAGAUGCUGACACUGUUACCCACUCUGGAGAGGCUCAGUUUGCGCUAUAACCACUCACAUAUGACACUUGAUAUGCUGUCGCAAUUGCCGUCACUGCGUUGUUUGACACUGCUUUGUGAUCACGAUAAUAUAAACGAUGUGCUGGCCGAUUUGGGGAAGAGUAAUCGUUUGGAAGAACUGGCACUCGUCGAUGUGGACAUAAAUGAACGAACGUUUCCGCUUAUCAAAUCACUUCAGAAUUUAAAACUAUUGUCAAUUACCACGUCAACUAAUUCUUGUUCUUUUCCAGCAUCCAAUGAUUGGCCUACGAAUCUCAAGAAACUAAAAUUGGAAGGUUUUCGCAUCGCUAAUGGCAAUAUCGCGCCGGUGGUGGAACAACUUAUAAAUCUCGAAGACAUGCUUCUAAAGAAUUGCGAACUGUUGCGCAACGAUUUUUGGGUUAGCGAUUUUGAUUGGAUGGCAGAUUUGGUAAUCGAUGAUCUAAGUGGCAAGCGUAUGCACCGAACUCUAAAUGUUGCAAUAUACGUUGAUUGUGACCAGUCACCCAAGACAAUCAAAUCAGCCGAAAGUCUACGCAUCACCAACUACGUAAAAAAUCAAAAUAUGUUCGAGAUAUCGUAUCCUGGAAUGGACGGUCGUUUUCCUCAGAUUCAGCUUUAAAUAUUAGUAGAAAAUAUUUAGUUUCAAUUAAGAAGUUGAGGCUUCUCAGUGUAUGUAAAUAGUUCGAUCAAAUAAUAAAAAUUCCUUAGUUUAUCAA